GAAGCCGGGAUACACCAGAUGUCAGGAUGAUUAAGGAGGUAUAUAACGCAGACACUACUGAUACUAGGUGCGUACUAGUUCAGCACCAGUAAAGAGAGAAGGAAAAGUUAACAACAACAGGAUGAUUUCAAGUUUUUCAAAUAAACUAGUGUCAUUCAAGCUGAAGUCUAUGCCUUUAUGAUCUUCUUACUACAGAAGAUAUCCCCAAACAACAGAUGAUGGCCUGUACAACGGUAUUACAGAUGUUGGGUCCUCUGGACAUGGCCGUAAGGCUGUGCUGGAGCCAGUGUCCACCACUGUGCCAGCUGUUCUGUGCAUCCUCUCUGAAGCACCUGAGACCCUACAUCAGAGCCCCCGUGCCAGAGCAGCUCUCCCAGAGCAGGCUAAGACCUACAGCACUUACCCCAGACAGACCUGUGCCUCUGAAUGUAGAGUGGUGAGGAUGAAGUCAAGGCUAAGAGAAAGCUUGUGAUUUUCACUGACUCUAAGGGGUGUCCCUAACAGCAGCCAACAUAUUCUAUUAAAUGGUGGAGUGGAUGUACCCACGGUCAUCACGCCCAGAGAGGCGGUGCAACACGACACAGGGUGGUUCUAGCUGCACUGUCAGCAAAUCUAUUGAGGAGAGCAGGCUGCGACUGGGCUUCCCACAGCCCUCUGCAGACUUCCAGUGUUUCCGUGCCAGGCUGAGGGAGGACAUGGUUCUCCUGGGGAGCUGCAGUGUGAAGAACCAGAGCUUCCAGAAGGCUGUGGGAAUCCGCAUCACCUUUGACUCUUGGCACAGCCAACAAGACGUGUCCUGUGCUUUCCUGAAGGAGCGCUAUGGUGGACCUGACACAGACAUCUUUGAAUUUGACAUCACCCUGCCCAUGCUCGAUGAGAAGUUCAAAUUCUUUGUUUUAUCGACCUGAUGAGUACAGCACCCCAUUCUGGGACAAUAGCAAUGGACAGAACUACAGCAUGUUUGUCUCUGACAAGCCUGAGGCACGCUGUGGGGCAUAAUCUGGACAACAGAAAGACUGCACUAGGCUACACUGAACUUCACCGUAACAUUUUAUGCUUAGACCCUCAUCUUCACUAAGUUAAUCUGAGGCGAACUGUAAUAUGAUAAAAUGUGAAAGACCUGUUCUCAUCAGCUAAAAUAAACUAUUGUCAUAUUUUU